AUGGCUGCUGUCCUCGCGCCGGCCAGCGUGAGGGUCUCGGGGCCGCCCAACAGCAGCUUUCUCGUGGGCUACCCAGGCAUCUCGGCCACCUUGCCGCGCAUCGAGGGAAAGGUCGAGAUCCGCCCAGGCGUAGGGUACUCCAUGCCAGUGCCGGUGUCUCUAGUUCGAAUAUGUCUUCUACGGAAAGAAACGAUCCACCCCGACGCCGACAACCUUGCCAAACGACACCUGGGAACACCGAGACGCGAAACAAUGGACGUUGUGGGGAAGGAAGUGCUGCUGUUCCGCUGCUCGACCGGCAAGGAGGCGGAGAGCGUCAUAGCCAUGGACCUACCCUUCGUCCUCUUCAUACCCUUUGGUCGUGGCGGCGAGGAGACUAACCGUCGCAUACCUCCCGCUUCACUACAGCUGCCGAACCGGACGGCGGAAACACUCUACGAACUCGUGGUCACCGUGCAGCAGGGCCACAGCAGUCAAUUCAAGUACAACUUUCCCAUGCCGCUUCGGCGCUACGAUACCUUGUCCACCUUUGGCAUGUACAACAAGCCCGAGACGAAGCUCGUCACCAACGACAGCGUUGUUCACCUGGGAAUCAACCUGCCGCGAUGGAGCUACGGGCCUAGUGAUCCCAUCACCGUCUACAUCAAGCUAUCGCCAAACCCAGAUUGGCUCAGCAAAGCCAAGCGCGUCACCAUUGACAAGAUCACACUCACAAUCGAAGAGGAGAUCACAUUCAAUCCCGAGGGGGACGAGCCGACUAAGAAGAUCAACAAGAUAUCAAAGCAGGUUCAGCAGGUCAAAACCAAGCUUCCCGAGGCGGGCUAUGCCACGAACAUGGGCCUCUGCUUCCCUUCAAAAGAUUUACGCGACCCCGAUGGAGUGGUCAAGCGAGGGAAACCGGGCUUCCCCAUGUACGAGGUCCAGUCAUUCACCACCACAUCGACACUGUACAAGAUUGACGCUCGCGAUGUGAGCAUACGACAGCCGAUCGUCAUCUGCCCCCUCGACCAACAGGGCUGCAAGGAGGAAAUGGACGCCAUCGAACAGGCCGCAAAGGAUGCCUCCCACGUCGACCCAAACAACCCCAUGCUGCCCGCUCAUUCCAUCAUUUUAGCAAGCGACCGCGAUUCAUUACGAGCACUGGGGCUGUGCAUGGUUGGAGGUCAGAAGAAGCCGCUCAUUGAAUGA